AUGCCCGCCUGGGCCCUGCCCGGGGUGGGGCGCAGGGUGGGCCAGGGGAGGGGCGCCCGGGGCGGCGGGGCGCUGACCGAGGCGUUUCUUCGCAGGACGUACCCCCGGCCCCACGAGUACCUGUCCCCCUCCGACCUGCCCAAGAGCUGGGACUGGCGCAAUGUGGACGGGGUCAACUACGCCAGUGUCACGAGGAACCAGCACAUCCCCCAGUACUGCGGCUCCUGCUGGGCGCACGGCAGCACCAGCGCCCUGGCGGGUAGGUGGCCCCGGCGCCCGCGUGCCGCCGGGCCUCGCCUCUGCCCAGGCAGCGGGGACCAAGCCAGAAACCAGCGCCCAGCCCUGCCCCUGGGGCAGUGUGACAAGUUCAACCAGUGUGGCACGUGCACCGAGUUCAAGGAGUGCCACGCCAUCCAGAACUACACCCUGUGGAAGGUGGGCGACUACGGCUCGCUGUCCGGGAGGGAGAAGAUGAUGGCCGAGAUCUACGCCAACGGCCCCAUCAGCUGCGGCAUAAUGGCGACGGAGCAGAUGGACAAGUACCGGGGCGGCAUCUACGCCGAGUACGCCGCGAUGGCCACCAUCAACCACGUGGUCUCCGUGGCCGGCUGGGGUGUCAGCAACGGCACCGAGUACUGGAUUGUGCGCAACUCGUGGGGUGAACCAUGGGGCGAGCGCGGCUGGAUGCGGAUCGUGACCAGCACCUACAAAGGCGGCCAGGGGGACGACUACAACCUGGCUCUGGAGCAGCACUGCACCUUCGGGGACCCC